AAUUAUAGGUUAUGAAGAUAAGGUGGUGUCAUAAAAUUUGAGUUUUUAGUAGUACAAAACAAAGUGAACAAUAUGAUAUUAAUUUAAAGUUUUGUGUGCAUUUCGCUAUUUUGUUUAUCAUUAGUGUUAAGUAACUACCUAUUCAGAAAUAGAUAAACAAAGUAGAAGACUUAAAUCUGGAUUAAUAGUGGUUUUCCAAAUGUAUGAAUGUCAAUUUUUAUUUUAAGAAUAAAGAUAUUGGAGUUCAAGGCGGAUUUACUAGGGCACAUUCUACUUACUAAUUGGUCCCUAAAAUUGGAUAAAAAGGGUGCAUAAGUUCUCAAGGAGCUGAUCUAAUGGUUUCCCUACGAUUUUCCUGAUUGAUCGAGAAUAUACAUAUUCUUACUAAAGCAUCUGUGAUAUUCAAGAUGUGAUUGAUAUUCCUUCACAAACCUGCAUCAACUGCACACAAUUCGUUAAUAGUAUCCACAAUAUUCAACAACCAAAUAGCUCACAAUGGAGAAAGACCAGAAACAGAAAAACUCAAAACGUCACAAUGCAACAGACGCACACUCAAACCGCCACAACGUCAAUUCCAGCUCGGGCGUCCUGAUGGUGGGGCCUAACUACAGGGUUGGUAAAAAGAUCGGCUGUGGCAAUUUUGGAGAACUGAGAUUAGGUAAAAAUUUGUAUAAUAACGAACACGUCGCUAUCAAAAUGGAACCGAUGAAGUCCAAAGCGCCUCAACUUCAUCUAGAAUAUAGAUUUUACAAACUCUUAGGUACUCACGAUGGUGUACCUGACGUUUAUUACUUUGGACCCUGUGGUAAAUAUAAUGCUUUAGUCAUGGAACUCCUGGGUCCCAGUUUGGAAGACUUAUUUGACAUGUGUGAUCGAAAAUUUUCAUUAAAGACUGUGCUCAUGAUUGCAAUUCAAUUGCUUCAUCGUAUAGAAUACGUUCACUCUAGACACCUUAUUUAUAGAGACAUUAAACCAGAGAACUUCCUUAUUGGAAGGAGUAGUACUAACAAAGAGAAAGUAAUUCACAUUAUAGAUUUUGGACUAGCUAAAGAAUAUAUUGAACUGGAGACUAAUAAACACAUACCCUACAGAGAACACAAAUCUCUAACGGGUACAGCCAGAUAUAUGUCGAUAAAUACUCAUUUAGGUAAAGAACAAUCUAGAAGGGACGAUCUUGAGGCUCUAGGACAUAUGUUUAUGUACUUUCUGAGGGGAUCUUUGCCUUGGCAAGGAUUAAAAGCAGAUACCUUAAAAGAGAGGUAUCAGAAGAUCGGAGACACGAAACGUGCCACUCCCAUUUUUGUUUUAUGUGAUGGUCAUCCUGAAGAGAUGGCGGCAUAUCUAAGAUAUGUAAGACAAUUAGACUUUUUUGAAACUCCUGACUAUGAAUACUUAAGAGAACUGUUCAUUAAAUUAUUUAAUAAAAAAGGAUACACCGAUGAUGGAGAGUUUGAUUGGUCAGGCAAGACGAUGAGUACCCCUGUAAGUGCUCUUCAAACUAACGCUCAUGAAGGUCUCAUAUCAGAUAAACCGCUCUCUCCAAAAAGGAUUGCUUUCUACGGCGGUUGGCAAAAUCCGUCCAAACAAAGUGCUUUAGGAAACCUCACCCCUGCUGACCGACAUGGGUCUGUCCAGGUGGUGAGUUCCACCAACGGAGAACUUAACACAGAUGAUCCUACUGCAGGCCAUAGCAACGCUCCCAUCACUCAACCGGUCGAAGUCGAAAUCGUGGAUGAAACAAAGUGUUGUGGAUUCUUCAAGAGGAAGAAGAAAAAAAGUGUUCGUUCUAAAUGACUACAGUACAGUGAGACAGACCAGCAGCUAGUACUAUUGUCAUCUAGACGCAGUAAUGCUACCUUGAACUGAGAUUUCGCGAAAAGACCACUGUCAAAUUGUUAAUUAAAUAUUGUAGUACUCUAAGAAUAGUCCUGAUUAAACUUAAGAUUUAAGUCCUACCAUAUCUCUGUGAGGUUUUGUUUAAGGACCUUACUCGCAUUUUUUCAGUAAAGUGAUCAACUUGGACUUUAAUACACAGCUCCAAGAAAUUAACGCACCACUUAAAAACUUACCAUACCUAUAACAUGAAAAUAUUAACUGAAAUGAUAAGCAUUUUAUUUCGUAUUACUUUACUUUGUAAAACAAACAGAUUUUAACCAUCUUCAAUCUUCAUAAACUUAACACAAUCUUAAAACAAUGAACAACACACUCACUAAUUCUAAAAAUUUAAAUUGUUCAAAUGUUUUUGCUUAAUAAGACGUAUUUCCACCCCUGCUACGAGUGACACUAACAAAGAGCUCGAAGAACUUUACCCAGAUGCCAACAUCAGAAAAUAAAUAAAGUCCAGAAGACUCCAAAUGGGCAGGAUACCUCAGAAGACAUUCUGACCAAAGAACAGUAAGACUGAUGUGGGAGGAAGUCCCAACUGGAUGGAAGGAGACCACGCGGACGCCCUCGACUCGAUAAUAUAGCAGGAGACCUGAACACUAUGGGAGUGGAAAAUUGGAUAAAGGUUGCUCAAGCCAGAGAACAGUGGAGGCAUGUUGUCGAGUCAGUUAAACCAUACAAAGGGUUGUAACGUCACGGAGUAAGUAAGUAAGUAAGCUACGAGUGACAUCUUGGCAUCGACGAUUCAUACUCGAAAUAAACGGUCUUAAAGUAUUCUCAUCCGGUUUAUUCUAAAUUUGGACAAGACUUUGGUCCAGUUUCUGCAUAGUUAAGUCCCAAUUCCAUUCUCUAUAGGACUGAGAUCGGCACUAUUCGCUGGCCAUCCCAUAAUGUCUAUUCCAAUUUCCUCUAGAAAAUUUUUCGUUCUCUAACGUCGGUACACGCGAAGACGCCUAUCACAAUUGCAAAGACAGAAUCAACUCUCAUCUGUAAAUAACCUGUCAUCAGCCUCCAACUAAUUAACAUAAUUUCUUGCAAAUUCUAAACGCGGUGUACGAUGAGCUACGGUCCAGGCUGGCCCUCUGCCAGGUAUACGAUUUACCAAAUUACCUUUCUUAGUUUUACAGCUGAUUCGAACAUUAUGAUAUUAUGAACAUCUUCAAGGAUUGUAAGAAUCUGUAGGGGUCGACAAGACAAGAAUUCUUGUCUUGACAUCAAGUUCCUGUCUUGAGAAAAAAUCAAGAAAUUUUAAAAAAUCUUGUCUUGACGUUUUCUUGACAUCUUAUAUCUUGUCUUGACUCAAGACAACUUACUUCACUUGACACUUGAUUUCAAGAUCUUGAAAUUACUUAAUUACCCGGUCCGGUGAUUCCUCUGCAGCAAAGAAUGGUUAUGAUCAGUAAAUUUUGUCAGUAUCUGAGUAGCUUUAAAAACUUUCUUCAAUUCUCGAAGGGAAUAAAUAUUGUACACUCCCAUUGGCAGUAAUUGGAGUAAAUUUACUUUUAGACAAACUAGAAAAUAUGGGCUCAUGAACUUAAUAAUAAAAUUGAUAGAGACGCUACCGAUGAGCAAUUAAUCUACUGCAUUCAAGCUGCGAGAGAUAAAAUAUUAUUGAAACAGUACAACAAAACUAAUUGGAUACACUGGAGGCAUUUUCCUCUUCAUCUUGAGGAAAGCUUCUAUAAUCAGAGGUAGUACAAAAAUUUGAACAAACAUUUAAAGCUAACUACUUUAAUAAAUCCCAGAAUGAUCUACAGAAUCCAAUACCAGAGCGAGUACUUAGUCUGAAAAAAAGAUAACGAAUUUGAUUUAGAUAUUACUUACCUAUUUAAGAAAGCUGAUAAUGAUAACUUACAAUUUUGGAAGUAUGAAAUUGAAAAAUACUUAAAUGAGCCUAGGUCAGAAGAUUCUGAGAAUAUACUUGAUUGGUGGAGAAGAAACGAGAAAAAUUCUACCCUUCAUUAUCGAAAAUGGCCAAGGAUUUUCUCGGAACGCAAUUCCAUUCAGAUUUAAAAAUCUGCUAAAUUUGUUAUUUAAAAUAAAAUCAAGUUUUUUGGUAGUCAAGAUAUUUCAAGAUUUCUUGUUUUCUUGACAAGAAAUCUUGGUAUUGACAUAAAAUUUCUUGUCGUGUCUUGAAAUCUAAAAUUACUUCUUGUCUUGAUCUUGUCUUGAAAUCAAGACAAGAUCUUGAAAUUUUCAAGAAGUUGGCGACCCCUAAGAAUCUGGUAGUUACAAAACCUUGUCCUGGACGCCUAGAGUGACUGUCAGUCUCUCUGUACCGUUCCAUUAUUCGUGAGACCGAUGUAUGAUGUACGCCGAACCGUUUUCCUAAACGUCUCUAAGUCCAACCUUCUUCGUGCAAAACCACUAUUUGAGCACACUCUUCAUUAGUAAAAUGUCUCGAUUCUCGUUGCAUUUUGAUGGAAACAAUAGCAAAACGUUAGAAACAGAUACCAAUAGUUUACACAACAACUUAAGAAUGGCACUAAUCUCUUAUCGACAUUAACAAAUUUACAGCACGUUUGUUUUGUGUUCCUGAAAUACACCAUUCAAUUGGGUUGAACAAUGUGGAUGAUUCAACCAAAAUGAACCAUGUAUUUGGAAUUCAAUAAAAACGUUCAACAAAAUUGAACAUUGAAAUGAGUUGAGACAAUUUCUACGACAAUUUUCUGAUAAAAAUAAAAAUAUUCCAAAUACAUGGUACAUUCAAUACAAAAAUGAAUACAAUUAAAUUUAAAACACCAAUUAAUCGCGUUUUUUGGUUUAGUAGAUGGUGCGUUAAUUUCUUGGACUUUAAUAGAAAAUAUUUCCAGAUAUGUUGAUUAAGUAAAAUAUUAUUAUGAUUAUUUUUAAAAUAUGAGCUUAUAAUAGUUCGGCCUGUGCUAUUUAUGUAUGUUUGUAUGUAUGUAUAUAAGGAUCUUUAUAAUUGUCGCUAAUUUCACUCAUUGAAUUGACUUCCAUCUUGCUCGGUCUUCCCAUUUUUGCGCACCUUAUACUUUAUCUGUUCCAAAUCUUUAGCCUUUCUGUUAGCUGACAUGAUUGGAUUGACAGGCGAAAUUUUAAAAAUAUUUAGAACAAAGUCUGGAACUUGGGUUUCCUACACUAUUACUUUGUCAGUCACUUUACAUGGUACAAUGCAUGGAAUUUGUACAAUGGCAUUUGUACAUGGCAUUUGUACAAUUUGUACAAUGCAUGGCAAAGCUUAAAACUAUGUACUCAUAAUCUGUUAUUUGGUUUAUCUUUCAUUAUUUAAAACUUAAAUAGAUGCAGUAAAAUAAAAACUUAAGUAGGUACAUAGUGUGAAAUCUUAAAUGGGACCCCCAUUUUUUAUUGCAGAUUUGCAUCCCUUAAGACAUUUAUUCAAGAAUUUUUUAGAAUUGUUGAUAGAUGGCCCUAUAAUAGGAAAAAACGAGAUAUCGUGAUACCCCAGAAAAAUUAUGGAAAUCCUCUAAUAUCUCGAGAAAUACACUUUCAAAUAAAAUACCAAAAGAUGUAUUCAUUAUUUUUCAAAAAUAAAUCUAUUGAUUGACAUCAAACACGACCUCCAGCCCCACUCCCUGUUGGAGAGGCAGGGGGCAAUUUUAAGAUAUUAAAUAAAAAACUACAUAUUUUAUUAAAGAUUCGAAUUCUACAUGAAAAAGCAAACAAUCACAGAAAAAUAAAUAAAGAACUAAAAUAUGUAUUUUAAAAAGUACCUACUAAAUGGAUGAAGCACGAAAAAUUACAACAAAAAUAGUCCACUUUUUGUUUACGUAUUUAUUAAUAAAGUAAAUAAUUUGGCUACCAGCUGAGAGAAUAAGAAGUAAUUUGAAGGAUUUAUCAUUUUAUUAAGUGAUAUUUUCAUUUUGAAAAAUAAAACUAUGUACUAUUUUUGUUACACAAAUCUUAUUUUUCAUGAGGACAAAACCAUUUAUCAAGAGUUAAACAAUAUUGCAUUAAAAUUGAUUAUUUUAAUAAUUUUAAAUAUUUUUAUCGAAAAAAAUGAUUUCUCCACCCCCGGCCCCGGUGUGGGUGACGAUGGACAUUUUUAUGAUAAUGAAUACAGAGUCCAAAUCUGCAAUAAAAAUGGGGGUUUCCAUGUUAUAAGAUUUUAAAGUUGCCUCUUGCUCUAUCAUCAGGGAGUAGGGGGUGGUGUUUAGUGUCAUUCAUUGGUUUUUGAAAAAUAAACACUUGUUUUUAGUUGUUUUUCUUUGGGACUGUAUUUCUCGAGAUAUUAGACCGUUUCCAAAAUAUUCCUAGAGAAUAAAUCGGAUAUUUCCGAUUAUAGCAACAUCCAUCAACAAUUCGAAAAAAUGUCUCCACUAAAAUUAUUUACUUAUUCAUAAGGAAUCCAAAUCUGCAAUAAAAAAGGGGGGCCGCUAUUAAAGAUUUUGAAGUUACAAAAGAUUUAGACAGUAACAAACAAUAUUCGAUAAAGUACCCCGCAGAAACCUUAUGGGAAAUGGCUCUCUGUCAAAUGCUCUGAAACUUUGGUGGUAGUCCUUGAUGUGUAGAACAAAAGACUCAAUGGUCGCGUAGCUCAAAAAAAUCAUGGUUUUAAGAUAUAAGCCUCUGAAGUUAUAGGUACAGUGAGGACGUUUUAAGUGGAAUAAAUUCAUUUUAUCGAGAAUGGGCGACUCUGGAGAUAAAUUACAAAUCAGGUCGAUUUUUAUUUUUAAAUUAUAAUUUUUUGGCAUAUAUAUCAUACUAGAGACGUCAUCCAUCUGGGCGUGAUGACGCAAUCGAUGAUUUUUUUAAAUAAGAAUAGGGGUCAUGUGGUAGCUCAUUUGAAAGGUUAUUAAAUUAUCUAUUCAAUAAUAUAAACAUUAACAAUAUUAUUUAUACAGGGUGCCCAAAAUUUUUUUUUUAAUUAAAUUAAUUGAGACAAAAAAAAGAACAUAUACAAUUUAUUUAAUUCGAAAUUGUUGUCCGUGUUGUGUUAUUUAGUUCGAAACUGUUGUCCGAAACCAGAAAAAAAUGUUUAUUUGAUAAAUAUUGUUUUUCGCUUAAAUUCAAUAUUAAAGCUGCCACCCACCUGCCUCUUAGAAGUUUGAACAUUUAAUUUAAGCGAAAGAGGUCGUGUGAUAGCUCAUUUGAAAGGUUAUUUAAUUCUCUAUUCACUAAUAUAAACAUUAACAUAAUUAUUUAUACAGGGUACCCAAAUUUUUUUUUGAAUUAAAUUAAUUGAGACAUAAAGAAGAAUGUAUAUAAUUUAUUUAAUUCUAAAUACAUUUUACUGCUGUCAGAAAACAGAAAAAAAUGUUAAUUUGAAAAAUAAACAUUGCUUUUCGCUUAAAUUAAAUGUUAAAACUGCUAAGAGGCAGGUGGGUGGCAGCUUUAAUUUUGAAUUUAAGCGAAAAACAAUAUUUAUUUAUUAAAUAAACAUUUUUUCCUGUUUUCGGACAACAUUAAAAUGUAUUUUGAAUUAAAUAAAUUAUAUACAUUCUUCUUUUUGUCUCAAUUAAUUUAAUUAAAAAAAAAUUUGGGCACCCUGUAUAAAUAAUUAUGUUGAUGUUUAUAUUAUUGAAUAGAGAAUUGAAUAACCUUUCAAAUGAGCUAUCACACGACCCCUAUUCUUGUUUAAGAAAAUCAUCGAUUGCGCUAUCACGCCCAGAUGAAUGACGUUACUAGUAAGAUAUAUAUGUCAAAAAAUUAUAAUUUAAAGAUAAAAAUCGACCUAAUUUGUAAUUUAUCUCAAAAGUCGCCCAUUCUCGAGAAAAUGAAUUUAUUCCAACUCAAACGUCCUCACUGUACCUAUAACUUCAGAGGCUUAUAUCUUAAAACCAUGAUUUUUUGGAGCUACGCGCCCAUUGAGUCUUUUGUUCUACACAUCAAGCACUACCAGAACUCAAAAUUUCAGAGCAUUUGACAGAGAGCCAUUUCCCAUAAGGUUUCUAUUAGGGGCAAAUAUUUGCUCCAUGAGCAAAUAGUAUCUAUAUUUUAAAUUACACUUUUAUUUAUUUCUUAUUGUGUCGUAUACAGUUUUGGAAAAAUCAAUUUAUAUAAGUAUGUAUUAUGUAUCCAUUAAAGCAUUUAUUAUUUAAAUUUCAUAGUGUAUAAUCUGUGAUGUUAUUGAAUUUUAUAACUUAUUAAGCUUAAAAAUACUUGUGCAAUGUUUCCUUCAGUUUCAACUUACCUAUUUAGAGCAAAUUAGCUUGAUGCUUAGAGCUGACUAUCGACGCCCUACUAUACUUGUUUUCGUGACAAGACAUCUCGUAACGCGACAGUUCGUAACCCCACAAAUAGUAACGAACAAUUCGCAACGGCGACAGUUUGUAACUGUAACUAUUCGUAACGGUAUAUAAUUCGUAACGUAAAAAUUUAAUUAUUCUGUUUUAAAAAUGUAUAAACAUUCUCAAUUUCUUUGCAACACGAAAAUGCAGCAGCUGCAUAAUACUAUGGUCAAAUCUGAGAGUGCAGGAAGAGUCUAUACCGGUUUUGGGGGUUGUUUCCCCCUCAUCAGUAGCCCCAUAUCCUCCUCUCUCAGAUUAUUCCACGUACCACACUUUGGGCCCUUCCGAAUUGCAAAGAAAGAAAUGUCACGGAUGAACUAGGGCCAUCUACCGAAAAACAAAGUAAGUUAUCAAUCGAAGUAGCACAGAAAACGACAAUAAAUAUCGUCUCCAUACCACCAGAUUGACAACAGGUGGAAUACUUUCUUUGGUUACACCUCCUGAGAUUUUCAAAAUUUAUAAAUCAUACAGGACGCCGAGGAAAUUAAGAUGAGAGAAUUUUAAAUAAUUCACAACUCAUUUGCUCAGCGUGGUAAAAGCUCCAACAAGAAAGAUUCCUUAAUACUCGAACAAAAGAGUAAAUGAAUUAAAAAUGUAUAAACAUUCUCAAUUUCUUUGCGACAUGAAAAUGCAGCAGCUGCAUAAUCCUAUGGUCAAAUCUGAGAGUGCAGGAAGAGUAUAUAUUCUGUUUUAUUUUUGUCAACGUGGAAACUAACUUUUAUUACAGUUACAAUUGAAAUUACGUUUAUCAAUUUAACGAACCAGCAUCAGAAUAAAAACAUUUUUGACACAUUUCAUAUUUCGUGGAGAAAUAUAUUUUUGAUGUUAUCCUUCUUUAGGCGCCAUUGGAAAAAAUGUUGAGAGUGAUUUUUUAUAAAAGCGCUCUUACCAACAGUAUUAAGAUAGUUGCUAAAUCUGUCAAAUUACGUAUGUAUCAGUGCAAAUGAAGUGUGAAAAAAUAUAUUGAUGUUUUUAGUAAAUAUAUUUAUUAUAAGUUUUGUGUCUUCUUUGGGAAUAGAAUAAUUGAAAUAUGAUGAAAAGAAAAUUAAAAAUAUGUGUAGAAAAUCUGACGUUUUUGGAUUUUCUACGAUUCAUCAACGGAAAAGUAAUUGUGGGGGAGUCUACAGUUCAUAAAAAAUGACGUAUUAACGUUAUUUUUAAUUUUUGGUAUUAUUUGAAGUAUUAAAAUUAGUUUAAUAUUUAAAUAAAAAUACAAUAAAACUGUUUAAAAUAUAUUUAUUUCGUGAAAUCAUAAUAAUAGAAGUAUAACUUCUAUUUCUAUUUCAGACUUCUAUUUUUCAGACUUAGUUUUACUACUUUAAACUGAUAAUUCAAUAUGUAUAUUUAUAUAUUCUUUAAUUUCCAUAUAAAAAGAAUAUCUGCAAAAAAUGUGUAAAAUAUAUUUAAAAAUAAGUGGUCUUAAAAAAAGUAGGUAGUACCAUUAUUUUUAGUAUAGGAAUGUAUGCAAAAAGCGUUUUUGUAUAAAUUCAGUACUAUUAGGUAAAUUUGCUAAAAAACUUAAAUGCUGGCAUUACGAAUUAUAUCGUUACGAAUAUGUACAGUUACGAACUGUGGCCGUUUCGAAGUGACACCGUUACGAAUUGUCCGUUACUAUUUGUGGUGUAACCGUCGCGUUACGAGAUGUCAUGGAACUAUUCAGUCAAAAAUUUAGAUUUACUUUCUUAUCUUGCCUUGUCGUUUAUAUAAAUUUCACGUCGUCAUUCAACUCUGUUGACUGUUGGUACCCAUUAGUCUCCCUAUAGGGCUUUUCAUUCACAGUCAUUUGUUUCGAGCUUCUGUCAUGUGUCACAUAAUAUUAAUAUAUCUACGUCAUACGUUAUUGAUAUAACCAAUGAUACAAACCGAAGACGUAUGACGUAGAUAUAUUAAUAUUAUGUGACACAUGACAGAAGCUCGAAACAAAUGACAAUCGAUGAAAAGCCCUAUUGUGCAUAUUUUUCACGUUGGCUUCAAUUUUAUAAAUUCAUGUUCUGUUCUGUAAUUCAAUUAUUAUAUUAACCUCACAUUCAUGAGCGCCGGGCGCCGGGAUUACUUUCAGUGAGGUGCAUCUGCAUCCACACUUACUAAUUAACCAAUAUGAAAUAUAGAACUAUACAUACAUGUAUGGCUAUGUACUUUUUCCUGAGAGGAAGUUGCAAUAUUUUCAAUUAAAACGCAAGCAAUUAACGUUGAAUUUUGAUACUUGAGCUUCCAAAACUCCACAAAGAAAGCGAAAGUUUAGAACUAGAGCCCAAUGUUUAAAUAAAAAGGAAAUAGCUCCCUGGAUAGAAUAGUAUAUUGUACAACAAGUGAGAAAAAAGACAUAUUUCUUACGAGCGCAGAAGUUUGUUGGCACGAGCCGGGGCACGAGGCGAGUGCCGCAAAUCAAGCGAGGGAGUAAUAUGCCAUUUUCUCAUGUGUUGUACACUGUACUUUUCCUAUGGAUGCGGUUUUGUCAAGAGUUCAAAUUUUAAAAUUAAAUAAUUUAGGUGCUUUUACCUGUAGGUAUUUAAUAUUCUUAAAAUUUAUAUACGUUAUUUAUUUAAAAUUCUAAUUGACAGUUAUUUUUGAACAGUUUUGAAAGGUUAUUUAUUCCUGCUAAGUUUGGCUUCAACACAUAUUAUUUGACAACAUUAAUUGUGUUUGUAUUGUGCAUGUUACCAUGGAAACGGCGAUCAUAUCUAUUGAAACCGGCGGAGAACCCGUGAGAAAAAAUAGUUCUUACUGCAAUGGCCGACUUUUCUCACUGCCUGAGAAAUUGUACGUUUUGAAUGUGUGUAAGUAGUGAGAGAAGUUGCACAUUGUUUAGCAUCCAUAGAAAAAAUAUUUACCCUUGAAAAAAUUCGAAGUUUUGUUGUGCAAGAGGCUUUUUUGUCAAGUUGAACUUUCUCCUGUAGUUUCUACCUUUCACUUCCUUUGUGUAGCUUUGCAUGUUAAAGCAAUGCAGGACUACAUAAAAGACAUAAAUAAUAACUUAUAUGCAUUAAGCUUCUUUAAUACUUCUAACUAGCGGGGUUUUUCAACAAUAUUUUCUUUAAAUUUUGGACCUUGUUGGGAGGUGGGAAUUCCCCCUUCCCCAGUAGAUCCGCCAAUGAAGCAAUGGAAUCAAUAACAUCUACAUUUUGCAUGUCUUCGAUAUGAAUUCCGAAAAGUAAAUCAUCCAAAAAUUGUCAGUAGUAAUUGCACAAGAGCUCUAAAAUUAUCGAAUUUUUCCCGAGUGACAUUUGGACAGUUUUAUGUUAAAUUAUGUCAAAGUGUCACGAGGGCAAACAUUUGAUAAUAAUUUUAGAGAUCGAGUGCAAUUUUUUGCGAUUAUUUCAUGAAUAAAACUGUUCAAAACCAAAAUUUUAUUGUAAUUUAUUUAUGUAAGUACAAAUUAGUACAAUUAAACACACAGUUGUUAUAAAUAUUUGACGGUUGAAAGUCAUCACUUUUAUAAUUUUUAAAACAGUAAUUAUCAUUAAUGUCACUGAAUGUAUUUUUUCGUAGCAACGAAGGGCAUCUGACGCAGUAUACUUGACGACGGGAUAUUAUCAAAAAUUAUCAGUUUAAUUUUUAUUUCUGUAGCUUUCUAUUGGUCAGAAUCUCCUAUGAAUGAAAUAAUCACGUUAAUUUUCAAUAAUUUUCCGAUUUUGCUUAAACUCCCUCUGAACUCUGAGUAAUCAAACUUCCUUUCUAACUUUAUUUAAUUUCACAAAUCUCGUGUGUUGUGUUACUUGAUGAUGACUGGCUUGGCAACAGUCGAUAUCGAAUACGUAUGGGCGAAUUUUCAGCCCGAAUUGUUUCAGUCCAUCAAAGUUUACUUAUUUUCUUAACAUAAGGAUUCCUUACCAGCACAGAUCAACUUUGAAUGUCCUCCUAGUAUAGGGUGACCAAAUCACAAAUUUGAAAAAACGGGACACAUCCAAGGAGCAGUAGCGCACCUAGAACUUUUCUCUGGAGUACCGAAAUUUUUUCUUGUGAAGGACUAGUUACAUUUUCCUACUAUUUUUUAUAUAUUUUUCAUAUGCUCUGUGGGAAAAAGGGAGUUUAACCCCUAAAACUCCCUUAAAACUACCAAGCAGAGUUUGGGGCGAUUGAAACAUGGUCUCUUAGCUAAUUUGACACCUAUAAAUUCCUUUUCAAUUUACCUUUGAAUAUGUAAUGUAUUUACGAUCAAGACUGCAACACAGACAGAACACUUAAAAACUCCGCCAGAAUGACAUGGAUCAACAACCCGUCAGAACAAAAAAAAAACGCGUGAAACAAGGUGACUCUAUCUUCCCGACACUAUUUAAUCUGAUAUUAAAAGUAAUCAUAAGGAGGAAAAACUUUGCAAACAAAAACAUUAUUACAGAUCAACUUCAACUAGUAGCAUAUACAGAUGAUCUAGUCAUCAUAGCAUCAAAGCAAUUGGAAAAUUAGAUAAGGAAGCGAAGAUAAUAGGACUAGAGAUAAACCACCACAAAACAAAAUACAUGACGAUAGGGAAGGAUGACACAACAACUCAGAAAUAUCUAAUAACACAGAACCAUAAAAACUGUAUCCACCUUUAGCUACUUGGGAGUAACAAUAGGGAAAAUCGGAAAAGAGAGAACAGAGGAAAGAAUUCUGAAAUGCAGAAAACAUAUGGAAUGAAUAGAAAUCUGCUGAGAAUCGAGACUCCAAGUGUAUUAUGAACCUAUAUAGGACCUUAAUAAGACCUGUUGUUACAUAUGGGAUGGAUACAACGCCGAUUAAUAAGAAAGAGGAAGAUAAACUUCUGAAAUAUGAAAGAAAAAUAAUAACAAUACUGGGCCACAAUGUAACAAGAGAGAGAGAGAGAGAGAGAGAGAGAGAGAAAUAAGAAUGAGAACAAAUGCCGAAAUUGAAGAAAAAUGAAAGAAAGAAAAUAUAAAAUAAGAAAAUAAGAAAUUCAUUUCAAAGAAAAUAUAGUCAGAAAUAUAAAAUAAGAAAAAAAGAAAUUCAUUUCAAAGAAAGUAUAGUCAGAUACAUAAAAUCAACCCAACGCAAAUACGGGACAUUUAGGCGUCCCGAGAGACUUUUUCGGGACUCCGAGACGAAUCGUUAAAAAACGGGACGUUUGGUCACCCUAUUCUAGUAUUAUCAGCCGAAGUUUUUAAACCUGAUACAAGCAGUUCCUAAAAACAUUUGUAUUUCAGAUUUAUUUUAUUCAUAUAUUAUUUUUAUUGACUUUGUUCUGCUGAUAUUUUUCUUAUGUUUUAGUGUUAUGUUGAGGCUGAGAUAUUUCCAUAUUACGAUACUGAUUUUAAAACCUAAUUCAUCAUCAUCACCAUCAAUCAGCCAAUCGCGUCCACUGCUGGACAUAGACCUCCCGCUACUCUUUUUAUAUCGUCGGUCCAUCUAGUCGGUGGUCGUCUUCGGCUUCUUUCAUAGAUUCUGGGGUCCAUUCCAUGAUUGACGAAAACCUAAUUAGUUUAUUGAUAUUAGUUCAAUAUUUAUUAUGUUUAUAUCUUUAGACAGGAAAUUGUAUCUAUUGUGUUCUUCUUUACUUUAUAUUUAUAUGACUAACUAUAUAUUUAUAUAGUUUUCAAUGUUUGUAAUAUCAGAUGUAAUGAUAAUUAUUUUUUCACAAAUUUCCCUUGCAUGAUGCAGAUGAAGGAUCUUAUCACGUUGAGAAGAGCCUAGACACAACGAGUGACUAGUAGUCUACUACAAAAAACAGAAUCUUAGAUAUCCUCUUCAUUUUAUGUAGACAUGGCUCCAUUUGUUUUUCAAAGUGCCUCCAGUAAGUUGUCGUUCCAUCGUUUCUUUGGUCUUUCCACUGAUUGUCUGUCUAUUGGGUAACAUUCUCUCGUCAUCUUUACUAACCCAUUUGUUGUCAUUUUGCUAAUAUUAUCGUUCCAUUCUAUUUUUCUCUUUUUUACCCAGUCCUUGAUAAUCUCCAUUUUGCAUCUCCGUUUGUUUCGAGCUUUCUCAGAUGUUACGGCCAGAUAUUUAAACUCCAUCAGUUAUUCCAUUACAUAUAUAUUUCCCUCCAACUCCAAUUUAUGUCUUACUAGAUUUGCUGUUAUAAAUUUUAAAUUGUUUUUCUCCCAUUUGGUAUCCUUUUUUUCGUUCUUACUUUUUGUAUUAUUUCAUUCAGGAUCAGGUUGCAGAAUAGAGAACUCCCUGUCAUAUCCCAUUGCCAGCCUCAAUUGGAUCGGUUAGUUUUUCUACUUUUACUUUUAUUAUGAUGUUCUGGUGUAUAUUUUCGAUCGUUUUGAUUAUUCAUAUAGGUAUUACCCUUGUGAAAAAUAAGUAUAUAUAGUCUUUUGAGUCCCUUUUACUUUUCAGUGUCGGGACGUGAAAAAUAAGUGAACAACAUUAUUUUAUUUAACCAAGCAUCAUAAAAUAAUAAUAUAAUAUAAUAGGUGAAAAUGGUUUGUCUAUCCAUUUAUUCUCGAAUUUUAAUUUCAUUUUGAUAUCUUUUAUUUUCUUUUAGAAAAAAUUUCCAGAUAUUGCAUUUAGAAAAAAGUACCAUCUGAUCACAUUCCAACACCCUACAUAAUCGUAGAUCUUGUAUUUCCACAUAUCAAAGUUUAAAUAUAUUUAUUCAACUGUCAAAUGAGAAAUUAGAAUUUUAGUAUGUAUUUGUUUAAUUUAUUCUUCAAAAUCAACUUAAACCCAAACAAAAUUAGUAUGAUUGAAUAGGUGUAUUUCCAAUACCUUUCAAACGAGAUAUCACUUGCCAUUAGGUUCCAUUUACAAUUAUUAUCAGUCAAAGUGCCUCUGUAACGUAAUCUGUCGACAAUUUGAGAAGCCUACAUCCGUUUAUUUCCUUCCUCCAAAUUUCACUAUUAUCCGCUGGGAGGAUUGACAUGGAGGGAAUAUAACAUGUCGACAAUGCUUCUCAUGGUGGCAUAAUUUGCAACCCACCUCCACGGGCGAUAAAUUCAGUUCUUUUUCUUCACUACAUUUUCUUACCGUAGUAAUGAAAUCCACAUCACCUUUUCAACCAGAUCCUUUGGAAACACAAAAAAUCUACAUAUCCCUCUGUCACUACAAUGUUUACAAUCCGGGGCAAAGCCCAUUACCAUUUUUAUUAUACAAAAUACAAUGGUUCACAAAAGUUCCUAACCUUUGCUUGGUGAAUAUCACUAAAAAACUAUAUUUCAUAGAAAUUUAAGAACGAAUUAUGGUGGUAUUAUCUUAAGAACACUAUACUUAAGGGGAAAAGCAGUAGAGGAAACAAAAUUUCAACUUUAUAGGGCAAUAUUAAAAAGGCUUGGCUAGAAAUCCUGGCUUUUUAAUGUUUGUUUACAAAGGGAUAACAACAAUAUGACAGUCGUGACGUCAAACUUCGGCUGUCAGCCUUAAAAUCUCUUCGUAUUUUUCUAUAUUUAAACUAUAAUUAUGUAUUAAAUCAGACGUUUUCUACUAUACAGUAAUGAGCGUGCUAAUAACCGGCAAAAUAGCGCGAAGGAUGGAAAACAUAAUACAUUGCAAAACAAAAAGAGAUGAAACUAGUCGAGAUGGAAAUGAACGUUAUAAACGUAUAAAUUAACAUUAUAUUACAUAGUUUCCCACCUUUAGACGUAUCAGAGAAGUAUGACAACUGUCAUUGUGACAGUAGAAUUUUAUAAAAUACUCCUGUCACGGACGUCUAAAGGUGGGAAACUAUGUAAUGUAAUGUUAGUUUAUACGUUUAUAACGAUCAUUUCCAUCUCCACUAGUUUCAUCUCUUUUUGUUUCGCAAUGUAUUACGUUUUCCAUCUUUUUCCAAAUUUCUAUAUAUAUCUAUUGAUACAUUAGCACAAAAUUAAUAGUAAAAUUUUAAAUAAUCUGUUUUUGUAAAACACACAUAAGAUCGUCCCCCGCGACGUCAGAGUGUACCACGUGACCUAUAAUCAUAAUUAACGCUCCCAGUGGAUAACCCUAACCGUUCAACAGAUACGUGGGGGGGGGGGACUUUUGGCUAGCACUUUAUAACUUCGUUCAGGGUCCCCUAUUUUUUUGUAUGUUUUUAGUGUGUUUUAGAAGUAUAUUUUAAAUAGCACUGGAGAUGGGGUUUCGAAAACAGAGAAGUCUAAUCAUUACAGGAAAUAUAAAAAUAUUAAUGAUUUUAUGAUGUUGUUUAUUAUUUUUAUGCAAUUGUAUCUAUGUAAAUAUGAAAUAAUAAAUACAAGACCAGAGUUUUUCACUUUUUUAAGCGAUGCUGGAAUAUUUUGAAUACCAUGUACGGUUAGCAUCUAAACAUUCCGUAUAUGUAUUUGGACCAUAGGAGUUUUCUAUUGGUUCGUUGCAGCACGCGGUAAUAUUUUAACCAAUAGGCGGCGAGGUUCCAGAUGCAUAUACGGAAUGUUAGUCGGUCCCAAAUUUAUAUACGGAAUGUUAAAUAUCGUGCACCGAAAAAGAUAAGUUUUUUUAGAGUCUUUUAAAAGGAGAUUAUUUUAAAAUACUUGUUACUGUAUUAUUUCUGUAAAUAUAUUUUGUUUUAUUUCCUAUUGCAUUGUGUUAUUUCUCUUUAAUUAUUUAAUAAUACAAAAAAAACGAAUAAAGUCCUUUAUAAAAGGUAUUUAUUUAAAAUCCCUAAAAAGGGCUACAUCACAGAACUAGUUUUCGAUUGGUUGACCUUGACCAAUCAUUAUCAGUGCCUUCCUAAAAUGAAUAUAACCUGAUACAAUGAUGCAAACUUAGACAAGGAAAGAGAGAGGACGAGUAAUCCUAUGACCAAAAGUGAAGCCAAACUGACACCAGGGAUUUUGAUCAUCGACGUAUCUUUGGGGUAUUGUUAUGCAUUGAGUAUUUAAAAUAAAAACAUGAAAUGUAUUUAAAAUGAAGAAUUUGUGUACGGUAAAUGUUUUAUUAAGUUGCUCAUAUUACGUACAUAUGUUUCAAUACAUACAUAUGUUUUUAUUACGAAUUUUAGAUGAUGAUUUACUUUAUUUUUUAUGAAAUUUUAACCUUCAACGAACACCCACCACUGGCAACCCAUUGUUAUUUUUGACGUGACCGCCAUGUUUCUGGUGACAAACAAACCAAAAACUGGCUUCACUUUUGGAACGUGUGUGUUAAAUGGGUGUUACCCGUCCUCUCUUUUUUCCUUGUCUAAGGAUGCAAAGGUUUUAAAAUUUUGACUACGGUUAAAAAAAGUUGUAGGUUAUACUCACGUGACCUUACCAUGCUAACCAUCAAAAUAUACCUAAUAUUACAAAUUUUAUUUACAUAUAUUACAUAAUUACAAAUAUUUUGGUGGUUAGCAUGUAAGAUCACGUGAGUAUAACCUACAACUUUUUUUAACCGUAAUCAAAAUUUUAAAACCUUUGCACCAUUUUAUAAGAUUAUAUUCAUCUGAAUAUAAUCACACCCACUUAUAACACAGCUAAAACAGGUCUAAACAUACUUAAUAACAACAACACGUGCAAGUCAUUAAAAAUUCUGAGAAAGCGAAACCUUAGUCAAAUAAAGAAAUAUAUCUCUCAAAUCUAUACCAUCCCAUUUAUGAAUUUCGCACCAAAUAGGUACCUAAUCAUUGUUUUAUUUUUCUUUAAUAAUACAUUAAUAAAAUAGGUAUUCUAAAAUCAGUCUCCUUUAACUGAUUAAUAAAAGGUCCCAUUUUUUGGUCUACGAAUAAUUAACAAUCCGCAUAUGAAUUUCGCACCAAAUAACAUUCGAAAUACUAUAAUUGUUUUAUUUUUAUUUAAUAAUACAGUAACAGGUAUUUUAAAAUCAAUCUCCUUUUAAAAGACUCUAAAAAACCUUAUCUUUUUCGGCGUACUAUAUUUAACAUUCCGUAUAUGAAUUUGGGACCGACUAACAUUCCGUAUAUGCAUCUGGAACCUCGCCGCCUAUUGGUUAAAAUAUUACCGCGUGCUGCAACGAACCAAUAGAAAACUCCUAUGGUCCAAAUACAUAUACGGAAUGUUUAGAUGCGUACGGUUAACGUCACAUUUUUAUAUAUUUUAAUGUGUUCAAACUGUCAUCCUUUUCUCUUAUGCCUAUGUCAUCUAAGAACUGUUCAGCAAACUAAUUUUUGAUUCUUAAGGGCAUAGGCGCAGAAUUUCGUGCCAAUGUGUUUUAAAUGCAUUCAUUUUUUUUCGAAUCCUGAGAAAACUAAUAAGUAUUUUUGAAAAAUUUAAAACUUUUAUAAUGUAUGUUUAUUUUAAUAUGUUUUGAUUAAAGUUGCAGGGAUGAAAAAAAAAGAGAAAAUUUGGUGUGAUUUUUAAUUUCAAAUAUGUCAUUCAGAGACUUUUUGGUUAUUCUAAGGGACUUUCGGCCCUCGGAAAUAAUGUACUAUUUCAUUCUGCGUUUACAUUUUUUAAAAAUACUUAUUAGUUUUCUCAGGAUUCGAAAAAAAUGAAUGCAUUUAAAACAUAUUAGCGCGAAAUUUUGCACCUAGGCCCUUAAUGAAUUACUACUUUAUUACAUGAUCUCGAUAUAUUUUAGGGAACUUAUUUCUAAGACCAAAUUCUUUAUUAAGUGCUCUUUUAUUCUUAAUAGUGUAAAAAACCAUUGAUCGUUUAGCAUAUUUAAUGUUCUUCUUUUAGAAAAAUCGCUUCUAUCUGUUACAGAUUACCUUUAUACUUAGAUUUAAAAGUUUAAAAAUACAAAGUUUACAAUUAAUAGUAUUUAUGAAGUUAUUAUGGAUUAUACGAUUGUAAAAGAUGCGAGUUUUAAUGGAAAUCUUAAGUUUUGGCAUGUAAAAAUACUGUUAGUAUAGACUUUCUUUAUACUUAAAUAUAUGUGAUAAUUAUUUUAAUAAAGAAAUCAAAUUCUUUAUAAGUUUGAAACUUUAUUAAUGCUACGUUUUUGUUUAUAUUAAUAUAAUCUUAGUUUACAGGCAAAUUGUUUUGGAAACCACUAUUAUUAGACUAAGAGCCGGUAUAGGUGAAACUUGCUAAUCAUUUUAGGCACGAUUAAGAGUCUAUAACUUAAAUAGUAGAACCUAAAAGAAAACGUAUGAACACUAUUCCAUCACUUUUUCGUCGCACAUGCGUCGACAGUGGCGUAUCAAACUUUCCCAGAAUUCAUUUUUUUUUUAAUUUUUGAAGUUCUAUGUGUUUAAAAAAUACUCAUCGUAAUUUUAACCCACAACCCCCUUCACCCACCAUCAAAAACUUCAUUUAUUGUUUUAAUUUUUUUUUUCUACAAUGCAAUUUUUAGCACUCCAUAGGAGCCAGUGAUGUGGGAGAGAGCACUGAUAGGAGCGUUAAAAAUGCUACUUUAAAGCACUAUUAUAAUAGUGCUUUAAAAUUUUUAAGACACUGCAGUUAAAAGUGAAUUAUCAAAUUGUGAAACGUCAAAAUAUUUAUAUUUCAUUUAUUAACAUUAAUAUUAAUAGUACAACUUGCGCAAUUUGAAAAAGGUGGUUUAAAAGUUUUUUUUUUUAAUUUAAUUUAAACUGUAUUAUUGCAUUUUUAACACGUUUGUAGAAAAAAAGUAUUAAAAUUUGUUAGAAUAUACAACAAUAAAAAUAAAAUGUUAUUCUAUAGUUGUUAUGAUUUACGUAUAGGGCUUUUCAUUCACAGUCAUUUGUUUCGAGCUUCUGUCAUGUAUCACAUAAUAUUAAUAUAUCUACGUCAUACGUUAUUGGUAUACCAAAUGAUACAAACCAAAGACGUAUGACGUAGAUAUGUUAAUAUUAUGUGACACAUGACAGAAGCUCGAAACAAAUGACAAUCGAUGAAAAGCCCUAUUGACAGUAUAGGCAGUUUUGAUGUAAUGUCAAGAAAAAUAUAAAAAUGGAAUGUCACUCAAGUUCAAGUAAAAGUUUUUGUAGAUAUUGUCCUGUAAUUGAGAAUGAAUAAAUUAUAAUUGUUGAUAUAUGAGACGUUUGUAGAAAAAAUAUUGUAUGAUAUACGUGUUAAAAAGUACAUUUUUAAGGCACUCAUGUAAGCUUUCACAUGCGUGCCUUAAAAUUGUACUUUUAACAAAAUUGGAAAGAAAUUCUUUGUAAAAGGUAUAACAUUUUUUUUAUUAAAAUUCCUUAAAAGGGAUUUUUUAAAAUUCAGAACAAAACGUUUUCGAUUUUUAUAAAAAAUCAUCAUCAGUGUUCGAUAAACUGGAUGCUAGCUGAGCCACAAAAGAAAAAUAUCCAGGUAAAAGGCCUUUACAUAUAAUAUAGAUGCCUUAAAAGUGCAUACUUCAAUAAAAAGCCCUGUGAUGGUCACAUGGCAACCAGGAUAGUGCCCUAAGGUAAUGUAUUGAGAUUUCCCAACACGUGGGAUCCAAAUUGAGUUGAUUACAUUUCAAUGACUUAAUGGCAACUCAAGUCAUUGAAAUGUAAUCAACUCAAUUUGGAUCCCACGUGUUGGGAAAUCUCAAUACAUUACCUUAGGGCAUUAUCCUGGUUGCCAUGUGACCAUCACAGGGCUUUUUAUUGAAGUAUUGAAGUAUGCACUUUUAAGGCAUCUAUAUUAUAUGUAAAGGGUUUUUUCCCGGAUAUUUUUCUUUUGUGGCUCAGCUAGCAUCCAGUUUAUCGAACACUGAUGAUGAUUUUUUAUAAAAAUCGAAAACGUUUUGUUGUGACGUAGCCCUUUUAAGGAAUUUUAAUAAAAAAAAUUUAUACCUUUUACAAAGGAUUUCUUUCCAAUUUUGUGAUUGAUGGUAUACAGCCAACUACAGGAAAAACAUUUUCUUUUUCUUGUGGAUUUUGUACUUUUAACACUUAUAAAUAACUAUUAUGUGGAAGCAAUAAAUUUUAACAUUUCAAAAAAUUGACACGCAUGGUUGAAGCUUUUAUAAAGCACGUCUAUUUUUAUAUACACGUAGGUUUAGUGUACAUAAUCUCAAAAAAAAUUAUUUUUUUUAUAUCGUAUAACUUUUUUAGAGAAGGCUGCAGGUCUGUUUUUUUUAUUUGGUGUAUUUUAUCAAAUACUAUUAUCUAAAUUUUUUCAGAUUUUUCCGUAAGGUUCGCUACCUUCAAAAAUCCGAAAAACUGUUUUUAGGGGGUUUUUGGGGAUUUUCCCCAGUUUAUAAACUCAAAAUAGAUCAAAUCAAAGUUUUUAUAGGUUAUAUGAAAAUGGAAGUAGCUGAUUCCUUUAGAAUAUUUAGUAAUAAGGGAAAACACGGUCAAACCCCCAAAAACCUUCUAUAAACCAGUUUUUGGAUUUUUGAAGAUGGCGAACGUUACGGAAAAAUCUGAAAAAAAUUAGAAAUAUGUAUAGUGUUUGAUAAAAUACACCAAAUAAAAAAAAUUGACCUGCAGCCUUCUCCAAAAAAAAAAAAAAAAAAAAAUUGUACGCUUUUUUCCAAAAAAAAAAUCUUUUAAAUAAAUUUUUUUGAGGUUAUGUAUACUCGACCUACGGCUCUAUAAAAAAUAGACAUGUUUUGUAAGAGCCUCAAAAAUGCAUGUGAGUUUUUUGAAGUUUUAAAGUUGAUUGCAUCCCACCUAAAAAAAAUAAAAACGAAAAAUGAAAUUUUUGUAGGUGGGGAAAGGGGGAAGGGGAUGAUGGGUUAAAAUUACGCUGUCUUAUUUUUUAAUCACAUAGAACUUAAAAAAUUAAAAAAAAUUGAAUUCAGGGAGUGAGGGGGUGCCUUUUAAUUUUUUUAUCCCGUCCAAAAGUGGAAAGUUUGAUGCGCCCCUUCGACGAAUAUGCCACUAAAAAGUGACGGCACAGUGUGCAUACGUUUUCUUUUAAGUUCUACUAUUUAAAUUAUAAAUUCUUAUCUUGCCUAAUAUGAUUAGAAAAUUUCACCUAUACCGGCUCUUAGUCUAUAUUAUUAUUUUUGUGCAUAGUGUUAUCUAAAAUAUACACCUACCACCUUUGUAUCAUGUUGACGUCUGUAUUAUAAUAAAAAGUUGUGGUUGUUUUACAGAUAUAAUUAUGUUUUUACAAGCUUAUUUCGGUAUUGUGUAUUUUUGAAAACAUUAUGCGAUUUUAAUCAUCAAGGCAGAAAAUAUACCUAUCUGAAAUUCUUUGAAAAUUACUAUUUUUAAUAUUAUUACAUUUUUACUCUACUAAUUAACGCUUCUAAGCAUGACUUGUAUUGUGAACUAUUCAGUAAUAAAUUUUUUAACAUACGAA